GGUAGUUGUCAGCUCUGAUAAAUCUGCUUGCAGUUAAACAGUGCUUUGAGCUAGGCACGCGGCACCUCCCCUUCCACUCGUUUCUCUCUCUUGUGUCGGAUAUCAUAUUCUUCGAGGAAUGUCGCAAGUGAAGAUUGCGCUUCAGCCACCCCCAAAUGUCGAUUUUGUCGUCGGCUAUCCUGGGAUACCACCGGCUGCGAAAGAUCGUCCUCAAGCGGCAGUCAAAGGUGCCGUCGAGGUGCGCGUGGGGCCUCAGGGCGUCAAAGCAAAAUGGGUCCGUGUCGAGCUCAAGAAGAUCGAAACACUCCCUGGCGGUGGCCAGACGAACUCUUACUUUGAUUUUGUUGGCUCGAGUCCGAUAAACCUAUGGCAGUCGAGCGAAGAAUACGGGCUAUUGCAGUCACAAGACCUCCCAUUCCAUAUUCGUAUACCUGAGUCCAUUCCACCAAGCAUUGCCCUUGAAAGAGGCGCUGGUAUCCGCUAUGAGUUAGUCGCGACUGUUUGUACUCUUGGGAAGAAAGGUUUCUUCCGCCGCCGUAAAACUGUUGUAACAUCACAAGCCACCACUAUCAUUAUUGACAAGCAUGAACUCCACUCAACGUGGCCUGUAUACGCACAAGCAGAAUCACGCAGCGUCAACCAAGAGGGUGUACAUCUCACAGUAGAACGCCAACGAACAUGCUUUGGACCAGGCGACCGCGUGUCUGUCAUGGCUAUCCUCAAAUCCGACUCGGUGCAUCCAGUUAUUGUCCGUGGAUUCGAGUUUUCUCUCAAGGAAACAACCAUAUUUCGUGCUAGUACUCAGUCUGGCCAGACUGGCAAACGCAAUGGUCCCCAAGUCAAAACUGGGCUGGUUGGCGAGCAAAAGGUGCCUCUCAAUGUCACGUUGUUUGGUGGCACGCAGCACAAGGCGGAACUUGGGUGUUUGAUCCCAAACACACAUACUACUACCACGCUCAACGCUGCAAGGCACAUUGACAUAACAUAUACAAUCUUAGUCAAGGCGUGGUUUGGUUCGAUGCAGGCAGUUUUCAUAGAACUUCCUGUUAUUGUCUCGAACUGGCCAAGGAGCGUGUCCGAGGAAGCUGUUAGGCGUAUCGGUGUCGCCCCCAGCCUUUGUAUGACCCCAUCAAGCACUGCAUCCACGGCCCUGGCUCGCCCUCUCACCGCCAACUCACAGAUUUCUGAUUACAACUCCUCCGCUCAAGGGCAUGGGCGCACACCCUUGACACCUCCGGUCUCAUCCAUCAAGUACAAUACUACCCCCAACGCACACAAUGGUGAUAUCCAGUACGACGAUCUUGAAGUGGAUGAGAUCGGCGCUCUUCAGAGUCACCAGUCGCGUGUGCCAGGCACAAUAGACCACCCAGGCUACAGCUCAUCAGCGCAAAUUCCCAUGGGUAGCAUUCAGGAAGACAGCGCUCUCGUCGUGCGCCCUGUCGGUGGCUCGGGCCGUAGACGACGUGGUUCGGCUGCUGCAGGGACGCAAAACCGCCUCACAAUCACUAAUAUCAGCGAUCGGGAUGCAGAAGUACGGGAGGCUGUGGAACAAGCACAGUUAGCUGCCAGACAACAACAGUCGACGACGCCGUCGAUAAGGGGUCAACGUUCGUGGCUCUCCGCCGAGGAAGAAAAGAGGAAGCUGUAUGAGAGUGCAAGGGCUAAGGUUGAGCAGGUCCAAGGUAGUGCUGUCAUGGCCCCACAAUCCAGUGAAACAUCCUCACAACAGAAAGGUUCUCCUUCGUUCCGUGCUGCCUGGCCAACUGCAGAAGAGGAGAAAAUUCGUCUGUUCGACAAAGCCCAAGCCACUGCCAAACGCACUCAAGCACUUGGUGCCUCGAGCCACAGCCGAGAUAGUUCGGAAGCCAAUGGCUCGCCUGGACUCUCGAAACCUUCUCGUAGCUUCAGUGCUCUGUCAGCAGGUGCCGCCCUCUACCAGCACGCUGUAUCCUCCAUGAAUAAGAACCCCAACACAAGCCCCAAUACCAGCGCGAAUGUUAGCCCCGCGCCCUCACCACCUCCUUCGACUUCCCCAAAAAUUGUUCCACACUACCCGUCCGCUGAGGAGGAGAAGGCUGCCUUAAAGCGGUACCAAGAGGCCAAGCUCGCCGUCGAUCGGAGCCAGAACACCCAGUAUGCGACUCGCGAAGGAAUCUCAUCAUCCUCGGCAGCACCCGUUGCUUACGAUACCCUCUACCCCUCAUCCAGUAUUUCUCGGAGCAUGUCCUACGACGCACAGCCAAGUGGGUCUGAUAUGCCUCCACCGUUUGACGGGCCGAAUGGUCAGCCACAGUAUCUGAAUGAAAAGGAGAAGUUGAGGAGGCACCACGAGGCACAGGAUGCGGCCGCCAUGGCUGCACAAAGUCCUGCUGACAUGUCACCCUCGUACACCGCUUCCCCACUGUACUCACCACCCGCCCAAUCAUCUGUAACUAGCGCCCUGUCAGAGAAGGAACUCCUCCGGCGGAAGUUUGAGGAACAAGAUGGUGUAGCACUCGCCCAGCAGCAGCCUCAGCCUCCCCCUCCACGGGCCGUCAAUGGCUCAAGCCUCCCGCCUCCCCCUGUUGCACUUGGUGUCAGUGGCUUCAGACCACUCACAGCAGCCGAAGAAAAGGCACAGCUACGUGCCAAAUACGCCGCCGAGGAACAGCAGGCUAAUGGCAAUGUAUCCGCAUCUGCUUCAGGUUUCAUCCCUCACCACCGUUCGCCAUCGAGUACCGCUUUCUCACCACCGCCUCCUCCACCGCUCAUGCCACGUCCGCCCGCUGAGUAUAUCCAGGAGACUCAGGAAGAGGAUGCUCGCGUGCGAUAUUACGACAGCAUAAGCAUGGGAACUGAUAAUUCGCCCAUGCGGGUUGGGUCCCCGUCGGCGAAACCUGGGAUACAGCUCGACAUCCGCCCGUUCACACCAUUCAGUGUUGGGCUGUAUGACCCAAGCAGUCCUGCAGCACAGCGACCCCCACCACCACCUCGCUUGCCGCCGCAGAAUUGAGUUCUGCAUUAUGAAUAACCAUCUCAGCGAUUUAUUUCUUGCAUUUUUACUACAAGCUGUUAAUGGAUUUUCCUCAUUCUUACGGAUUGUACCACUGACAAGUCGGUCAGUGUAUUUCUGUCUAUCGUUA